CAUACUAGGCCGCAACGAACUGCAAGCUCGCGCAGAACCUCCCUUGUGUCGUGACCCACGACGAGCGGAAGCGCUGUCAUCGUUUUCGAACGGCGCCAUUCAGAGCGACGGUGGCUACUUUUGUAGCGCGCUGCUCGCAUCCUUGACAAACACCCUGCUUUCCUUCCACCAUAACGUAACCUGCGAUGGCCAUGAGCGUCAUACUUUGCACCGCCGGCUAUGACCAUACUAUCCGUUUCUGGGAGGCUCUGUCCGGAAUUUGCUCCAGAACUAUCCCCCAUCCAGACUCACAAGUGAACCGGCUAUGCAUCUCGCCGGACAAGCGUUAUCUCGCCGCAGCGGGCCACCACACCGUCAAGCUGUACGAUGUCAAGUCAUCGAACCCGAACCCAAUUCUCACCUUUGAGGGCCACACGAACAACGUGACAGGCGUCGCCUUCCAUUGCGAGGGCAAAUGGAUGGUUACUUCGUCUGAGGACGGCACCGUGAAGAUAUGGGACGUGCGAAGCGGCAGUGUGCAACGCAACUAUAACCACGGCAGUCCUGUCAACGACGUCGUCAUACAUCCUAAUCAGGGUGAACUCAUAAGCUGCGACCGCGCGGGUACGGUCCGUGUUUGGGACCUGGGCGAGAACAAGUGUAGCCACCAGCUCAUCCCGGAGGAUGGCGUCUCCGUUGCCAGUGUCACCAUGGCCUCGGAUGGCACGAUGCUGUGCGCCGGCAACAACGCUGGCAGCGUCUUUGUGUGGCGGAUGAUUCAGAAUCGCGACUUGACCUCUCUCGUGCCAGUGUGUCGCUUCACCGCGCACAACACCUAUAUCACCCGCGUGCUGCUCUCACCUGACGUUCGUCACCUCGCAACUUGCAGCGCGGACCACACAGCGCGGAUUUGGUCCGUCGACUCUUCGCCUGCGAACACCCAAGCCACCACGCCGACAGAAGGGGCGAAUGGCCAAAAGGACACCGAAGGCUUCAAGCUCGAGACCAUACUGCAUGGUCACCAGCGCUGGGUUUGGGACUGUGCUUUCAGUGCUGAUUCAGCGUAUCUUGUCACUGCUUGCUCGGAUCACUACGCUCGGCUGUGGGAGCUGAGCUCGCAGAGCAUUAUUAGGCAGUAUAAUGGACAUCACAGGGGUGCAGUGUGCGUGGCGCUGAACGACACGGCAAUGCCUUGAGAUGCUGGGGUGUAUAUCGCUUGGCGACGAAUGCAAUGACUUAACGACGGCAAAACCUACUGAUUGCAUUUGCUCUUUCUUACGUGGCAUGACGCAGUCACAAGAGACCACGCACUUAGGAUGGGACUAUGCAUAACCUUAUGGCGGACAGGCGCUACUUCGGAUGGCACAGCUAGCAUGAUAUGGUACGGUCUUGUAAUAGAUUCAAUCCAAACGACUUGGCCAAAACCACCACGAACGCCAUCAUUGACGCCGUUCUAUACAAAGUGCUUACCAGAGACAUCCGACGUCAAUGUGCAGCACGAGUCUAUCGUCUACUACCUCAGGGCUGCAUUGUAUUGUCAGUUUACUAGCAUCUGAAGUCAAACUGCCAGGUCGGCCGCUGAAUGUGCGCGGUUCAUUGUCUGUUGGCAUCUUAAAUCGCGUCCCCGCCUCCCAUGUUACUCGGUUGUUUCUAGGUAACUCUAUCAAUGGUGAUAACGGCUGGUCAACGACGUUCCGGACGUGCGACGUCUGGCUUGUUACAUCUCCUAUCAUCUGCAUGUCCAUGAACUGACACCAUAACACGUCCCUCUCCGUGCCUGGCGUGAUUCCAAUGAUUAGCCCGACAGUCCGAUAGUCACCAGCUACAAUGAACGCUAAGAUUGUGUCCUUCUUUGGCGGUGGGGGUGGGCGACGGAGGCUGUAGAGCCCUUUGCUGGUCGCUACUCCUAAGUUUUUGCGCUGGUCGAAACCUGGCGCCAUGAAGACCUUUUUCAUCUGAUUAUCCUUUGAAGUCAACAUGAGCGCGUACGCUUCGCUAAAGUGGGCGACUUUCGGUGCAAAGGGGGAAGUGCGGCGUAUAAUGGUAAUGUCGGCUUGUUGAAGGGACUCUUUGUCGACAAGAAGAUCCUUUCGGGUUGGAAUCCGGGCGUGUAACCCUCUUCGCAACUGUCGCAUGAAGAUACGUACUUGUUCAUGCUUCCCAUCGCUCCCAGUUCUCUGGCAAUUGAGCGCCGCACUAAUGACACCGUUAGGGUGAAUGUUGAUAGGUAAAUUUAUGUUGAGCCCAAGAUUCG